CUAUCUUGAAUAUAACUUAAUACCUUCCCCGCCACUGACAGCCAAACUAGUCGAUAUCCGAACCGUCUCAUUCAGAUUGAGAAUAUUAGAAAACAGGCAUUUAAUCGAAUACCGAUAGAAUGGCAGCCCGCAAACGACCUUUAGUUUAGCUAGUUAACGUUAACAUUGUAACAACUAAACAAACUCCCUGUAAUUCUGCCUGCAGUGGCCGUCAAACCAUUGAGUGACAAACAAUUAAAGGGUAACGUAUAGAUUGAAAAUGAUUAGAUUUGCAUCUGGAAGACGCACAAUGUCUGGGGUUUCAGUAUGGAGCUGUCUUCAGCCGAUAACCAGAGCCCCAAACUGCACAACAAAAGCUCAGCUGCUGUUUCACUCUCAGGUCUCCUCAGUGUUGAUGCCAUCCAGACUAACUCCCACCAACAGGUUGUUGAGCAUCAGGCCAGUGAGCUGGCCUACCUCACGUCUCUGCCACGGGGAUUCACGACGCACCUCAGAAACAGCAAACAGCAAAGGCGGUUUCAGUUUGAGGGCCCUCACCCAGGCUCCCAAACCCGCUCUUUACCUUGGUUUUUCUGGACUCAUCCCUUUUCUGUCUGCCCCUCUCCUGAUGGCUGCCACACAGUCCUUCUACCCUGAACUGGCAUAUGUUCAAGUGGUCUACGGAGCCUCUAUAGUCUCCUUCCUUGGAGGUGCCCGCUGGGGGUUUGCCCUUCCUGCCGGUAGUCCUGCUAAGCCUGACUGGAUGAACUUGGGAAACAGUGUGGUGCCUUCACUUCUGGCCUGGAUGGCACUGCUCUGCAGGGACAAUAUUGCAGAGGGAGCCCUGGUAGUAAUUAUGGGACUGGGUCUGUCUCUGCAUUAUGACCUGACCCUGCUGCCAGGCUACCCCUCCUGGUUCAAAGCCAUGCGUACUCUACUCACUCUGGUAGCCACCUUCUCACUGGUGGCUACCCUGACAAUUAAAAAAUUCUGCACUGAGAAGAAGAUUAAAGACUUUCAGAACUGAUUCAAGAGGACAGUUUGUACUUUGAGCCAUAUGGACUCAAUAAAAAUGUUUAAUUAGGCACAGCUGUGCCGACAA